GUGCGCGUAGAUUCAUGCAACCCAGCGGCGCCACACCAAAGAUUUUGGCCAAAGUGAAUAAAUCACUUGAUUUCCCCAGCAAUUACUGUCUGAGCAGUGCUCUCUCGCGCAGAGUGCAAUGGACUGAGCAUAUCAACGCGGAGGGCUUGUUGUGGUCAUUUCGGUGUAGGAACUAUUUUUCGGUGCGGAAAUAUACAGCCGACGCUCACUCCGCAGAACGCAAGAGGAACCCCGCCCCCCUACUUCCCUAAACAAGUCGUGGACAAGCGUUAUCAACACACAAAUUCCUCCUGCACACAAACGUUGCUAGCCGUACUGAUCAUCCACUCAACAGUUCUGAUGGAGUUCGAAGAUUACAUAGAGGAUUACACAGACGAAGAUGAUGAUUUGGACUACCGGAAUCCUAGACCCUACCUUUACGAGCCAGUCUUCACUGAAGAGGAGAUGCGAGCUUUGGAUCAGAGAGCACCAGAUAUUCCGAUUGCUCCUGGUGAUCCCGACGAGCGAAGGAGAGCAGAUUCAAACUGGUGGUGUGAAUGUAAAACCUGUCUUCCAAUGGCUACUGAAAUGGAGUGCCUGUGCUGUGCUGAAUGGGACAAAGUACUACCAUCGAUGAGCGGCGACCAUGGCAGCGACACUACCGAAGAGGACCGCGUUUGUGUCACAACUACUGAGGAUUUCACGGCAAUGAUCCAUCCUGCAGUCCUCUCUUUCUUUUUUCGCCGGGAUAAAGUGAACUGGAAAAGGAAGAACACACCGAGUGGACCCAAUGGGCAGCUAUCUGCAGAACAGAACCGACUGGUGUCCUACCGCGUGAUUUUAGAAUGGGCUCUGAAGGGAGAAACGCUGGGAAAAGGAAAUCGGACACCACUUCCAUCAUGUGUGGUUGCAGCAAUCCGUCAGAAAUUCCCAUCGGAGUCUGGUGUCUACGCUGGUUUUCAGGAGGUACAGGAAGCCAUGGACAUAGUAUUUUAGAAAAACCAGGCCUAGUGUUUUAGUAGGUUUUCUGACAUUUAUGGCAAACUUUACAUGGCUUUGCAAGCAUAUAGGCUACAGACGAAUGUACUGGUAUUAUGUUUACAAAUAACAUGUGCAUCAUCAUUCAUAGGCUACGCCUAAUGUCUGCAGGACCCAUCUGCAUGCAAAAGUCACUUCACUUGCAAAUUUGAAGUCAACACACACCAACACUCAUUUGUAAAUAGAGAAAGUUGUUUAUUGUUUUACAAACAUG